AGCUUCUUCAAUUAUAUGGUCGGAAUCAAAUAAGCGAGAAUUAGAAAAAAAAAUCGAGAAUUAGAUCUCCCGUAAAAAAACAUUCUAUCUUACUUCAUGUAUCUACUCUUAUACCCACUUUAUACCAACUAUAUUUGUAAAAUGCUUUUUUGUAUGUGCAACCGAUUCACAGACAAUAUUUUGUUUGUGCAAAAUAUUGUCUGUGAACCGGGGUUCACAGACAAGAAAAAAACCCCUUCACGGUAAAGGAGUUGAGAGCUAAACUCUCCUGGGAACGAUUUGCGACCCAGUUCUUCUUCCACGUUCAAGGCAUCUAUGGAUCUCCAUGGUCGAAAGAUGAUGUUUUUUUUACUGAUUUGAAGUAGUUUAACACUGAUUAACCUUAAAUCCGUCCUUGGAUUUUUGUUCGGAAUAGACAUUGCUGUUCGUGAUAACCUAAAUUGCGAAACUACUGUUCAUGGUCGCUGGGAAGAUUGAAAUCCAACGCUUUGGACUCAGACCUUCAAGUUUGGGUCGCCGGGAAGAUUAAUAACCUCAGAUUUCCUAUUUCCGCACACUGUUCACCACUCUUGGCUACACGCGUCUUGUUCGAUGCUCUGAUUCAGAGCUUCCAGUUGUGGUCGCCGGGAAGCACCGUUCUUGGGUAACCGCGGCUAGUUCGAUGCUCUGGUUCAAGCGCGAACUACAAGUGAGCUCGAGCUUCGUCUGCUAAUUCUCGAACAGUGUUUACCUCCACCAUGGUGAGGAAGAAGAUCGUGCAUCAGGAACCACCGACCGUGCGAAGUACCAGGUCGAAGUUUACUCUCCUUGCUGACUUAGAUGAUGAAUUCCCAGCUCUCAAGCGAGCAGGGGAGGUUUCCAUUGAGGCAGAACCUUCGGCUGGUGCAGGGGAAUCUAUAUCCCAGCCAGCUAAUGAAGGAAUUUCUACUCUUUUGGUGCCAAUUAAGCCUUCUGUAAGUGCAAUGAAUGCUUUGGUAUCUGUCCAGACUUAUGAGAAACAGCCCUCACUUGCAGCAGGUGUGAAAGCUACUGCUGUCAUUACCAAGGCAGGACCUGCUGACCAAGGAAAGAAUGUUUUAGUCUCUGUCCAGACUUCUGAGAAACAACCCUCACUUGCUGCAGGUAUGAACGCUACUGCUGCCAUUACCGAGGCAGGACCUGCUGAUAACCUAGGGAUGUUGGUGGCAGCACCUUCUGCAAAUGGGCAGCCUACACAGACCCAAACUGUUAAAGAAAUUAAGGCAGGAGUUAAGACUUGGAGCACACUUUUCAAGGAUAACAGGGAUCCUACACAUGGAAUCAAACUGAAAUAUAUCCCACCAAAAGGCAAGGAAUUAGACUUUUCUGAUAAAGCGCUACCAUCCAUGGUUGAGAUGUGGGGCUAUUGCCUUGUUGGAUACUUCACAGGUACAUUCCCGGGCCUUAAAGCAAUCCAUGAACUCAAAUGGAAGUGGGGCGUCAAAUGCCAAGUUAGAUCACAUGAGAGGGGUUGGGUUAUUUUCAAAUUUCAAAAUGAAUUGGAUAGGACUAAGGUGCUAACUGAGAGUCCUUACACUGUCUUUGGCAAACAACUAAUUCUAAAGGAGCUUUCUGAGGACUUCUCAUUCGAGGAUGAAGAAUUUCUAAAAGUACCUAUUUGGGUCAAAUUCCCCAAACUACCAUGGAAAUUAUGGAAUGAUGAGGCUAUGAGUGAAGUAGCAUCGAUGGUUGGAAUUCCGUUGACUACGGAUAAAAUAACCCAAGAGAAGACAAACCAUAACUUUGCUCGGGUCCUAAUUGAGGUUGAUGUUUCGAAUCCACCGCCACUUUCAUUUCCCAUACGUUUAUCUUCCCGAAAGGUAUUCAAACAAAUGGUGAUAUACGAAACAUUUCCUAAUUAUUGUUUCCACUGUAAAGAAUACGGGCAUCACCCGUUUAUUUGCAAAAAGUUGGCACCAACUAAAGUGGGACAGAAUGUUAGCAAAGAGGCUGAGAAUGAGACUUCUAACCGUGAAAUGGCUGAAAAUGAAAGGAAGGAAAAGAAAGAAGCUGGGAAGUUAGAUUCUACCCAUGGAAAGGAUGAUGUCCAGAAUGUUAAUUUGGAUGAACAGGGGGGAAAUGAUUUGGGAAUAAUACCUACGGUGAUAGUGACUGAGAAGCGUGUUAUGGGAGAGACGGUAGUGCAGGAUGAGAACUUUGCAAGGGUUUGUGGGAUAGUUCCAGCCCACAAACAAGCGACUCCAGAACCUGUUAUGCCCAUGCCGAAACAUACUGCCCCGCCAAAGAAGAUGGUAGAGCUGGAGCAGGGUAACCCGGUUGAUCCUGAACCUGCAUUGCCGGUUUCUGUGGACGCUGCUGCAAUGGAAAAUCCUGGUGUACUAGAACAUCAUGGCAACAAAGACCCGGAUACGGAAGAGAAAGGUGAUACUACUAUUUCCGAUGACCAGUAUGAGACUGAAGAGGAACCGGAUCAAGAACAUCAUGUCAUGAAAACCACCAAAAAAAGUAGGAAGAGAAAGGGUGAGACAAAUGAGAAAUAUAAAAGACGGCUUGGAAGAAUGAUUGGAAUGAAGAUAAAAUAAUUCUUGGAUGGGAAGACUACGGCUUCCUUAGAUUUUUAAUCUAUUUAAUUAGUGAUUUGUGAAGUGGGGACUGUCCCAUUAUUUUGAUGCAUUAUAUCUAGGUUAGAUUAUUCUAGCUUAGACAGUCAUUUCGAUUUUGAUUUGAUGCAUUGUAAAAUGCUAUUUUUUCGGUUGCUAAUAUACUUACAUGUUAUCGAAAAAAAAAAAAAAAAAAAAAAAAGAAAAAAACCCCUUCACAAACAUAGAUGGGUAUAGAAAUGGUUAUAAGAGUGACU